CAUGGAGUUAUUGUUAAUAUUACUAUUGCGUAUUCACUAAAUGAUUGUACUACAAUUAUUAGCUUUCAUCUUCCUAUCUUGUAUUCACCCUCAAGCUUUUUGCUUUUCCUCUCUUGUAUUCACUUUCAAGUUUUUUCUGCUGAUUUUUACUUCAAUCAAUUUCAUCUACUUGCUCCAUUCCCCCUCAGCACUCAUUUUCUCCUACCUUUGUUUCCCUGUAAAUCUAGUCCACAAAAGGAAAAAAAAAAAUAAAAAAAUUUGUAGAAUUCAGACUUGAGAGGAUCUAGGGAAAGACACAAGAGGCUGUUUUUCUUUAUUAGACUAGCCAGUGAAGAAUUAAUUAAGGAGAUGGCUAUGGAAAUCAUAGCUAUUUUUGUGGACAAAGUCGCAGAAUACUUGAUACUGCCAGUUGCGCGACAGGUUGGGUAUUUGUUUUGCUAUAGGCGCAACAUCAGGUCUUUGGAUGAAGAAUCUAAUAAGCUGGAGAAUAUCAGAAGUGGGGUGCAUCAAAGAGCGGAGGCUGCCCAGAGAAACUUACAAAACAUUUCAGCCAAUGUUGAGGCUUGGUUAACUAGUGUUGAUACUGCUACUGCAGAUGUGGCAGAUGUAAUGAAAGGUCGAACUGAAGUUGAAAGGGGUUGCAUCUACGGUUGGUGUCCAACAUUGAAGUCACGUUACUUGCUGAGCAGGCGAGCCAAGGAAAUUACACUGAAAGUGACUGAACUUUUAAACGAAGGUAACCAGCAUGCUGUUUUCAGCAAUCCUGUACCAGCUGUUGAAAUUGAAGCUAUACCUAGUAACAGUAUUGAGUUCGACUCCCGAAAACAAAAGGAGGAAGAGGUCAUGGAAGCUUUGAGAGAUGAACGGACCACUAUUGUUGGGAUAUGUGGUAUGGGUGGUGUUGGUAAAACAACACUGGCUGAGAAAGUAAGAGCAAGGGCAAAACAAGAAAGGUUGUUUGAUGAUAUUGUCAUGAUAACUGUCAGUCAACAACAAGACCUGAAAAAAAUUCAGGCCGAGGUCGCCGAAGGGGUCGGGCUGUCGUUGCAAGUAGACAAUUUGUUAAGUCGUGGAGAUCAGCUGCGUGCAAGGUUAAUGCAGAAGGGCAGUCACGUCCUUGUAAUUUUGGAUGAUGUUUGGGAGGCUCUUAAUGAUCUAGAGAAACUUGGAAUUCCCGCUGGUAGCAACCACAACUAUCAGUGCAAAGUGGCAUUGACGACGCGUCUCCGAAGUGUUUGUGACGCUAUGGAGGCUAAAAAGAUUGUAGAGGUUGGAAUUUUAUCUGAUGAAGAGGCAUGGGUUCUUUUCAGGCAGAAAUCUGGUAAUUCAGCUGAUGAUUCCUCUCUUCCUGAAGUAGCAAAAGAUGUUGCCAAUGAAUGCAAGGGGCUGCCGCUUGCAAUUAUUACAGUUGCAGGAGCGCUAAAGCACAAAGCCAAGCCUUUGUGGGAGGAUGCCCUUGUAGAAUUAAAAAAAGCAGCACCAAUUAAUAUCCCAGGAGUGAUUAAAUAUGUGUAUCAACCUCUGAAGUUAAGUUAUAAUCACUUAGAGAGUAAUGAAGCCAGGUAUGUCUUUUUGCUUUGUUCCUUGUUUGAGGAAGAUAGUGAUAUUUGGACCGAAGAAUUACUCAAAUAUGGAAUGGGGCUUGGCAUCUUAUCUGAAAUCGAAAAUUUAGGAUGUGCAAGAAAUAAGGUGUGUAAUCUGUUAGAAACAUUGAAAAAUUGUUUCUUGUUAUCCCAAGGUUCAGACAAGAAUUAUGUCAAAAUGCAUGAUGUGGUCCGUGACGUGGCUAUAUAUAUUGCGUCUGAGGGUGAGCAUAAAUUUCUGGUAAAUCACAAUGUGAACUCAAACGUGUUCCCGAGAAAAGUCUCUUAUGAGCAAUACAGUCACAUGUCAAUUGUUGCAAAUAAAUUUGAUGAGCGUCCCACACCAAUAUUUUGCCCACGACUGAAACUUAUGAUGCUAAAACUCCGUUUCGAAGAGGGUUUCAAAUUACAGGAUGAUUUUUUUGAUGGAAUGAGUGAACUCAGUGUCAUAAGCCUGAGUGGAUAUGAUCAAAACUCUGUUCUGCCCUUUCCAUCAUCCAUUCAGAGGUUGUCAAAUCUGCGGACGCUAUAUCUGACUAAUUUAAGAUUGGAUGACAUAUCCGUUAUUGGGGAACUUGUCACUUUAGAAAUUCUCAGCAUCAGAGAUUCUUACUUAGAGGAGCUUCCGGUGGAGAUAGGAAACUUGGUCAAUCUAAUUAUGUUAGAGAUUUGGAAUACUGGUUACAGAAAACGUACGAGGAUUUCACCAAGGGUCUUAUCAAGACUAGUUCGAUUAGAGGUACAGCAUGUGGUGGGAGUAGAAUAUAUAGUUUCUUGUCCCAACCUGGAAGUGCUACGACUCCUUGGGGCUGACAGCAUAAGUGCUCUAUGCUCUCAACAACUUCCAAUGGGCUACUUUAGCAAACUUGAAAAACUGGAAGUAGAAAAUUGUGGAAAAUUGAGAAACUUGAUGUCUCCAUCAGUGGCCAGAGGUCUUCUGAAUCUGCAAACAUUAGAGAUAAAAUACUGCCAAUCAAUGGAAGAAGUGAUCACAGAAGUAGAAGAACAAAGAGAAGAAAUCAUGACUAAUGAGCCCUUAUUUCCCCGGCUGGAUAAGCUAAAACUCGAAAAUCUGCCAAAGCUGAGGCAUUUCAUUCUGACAAAGUGUGCUCUUGAAUUUCCAUUCCUCAAAGAAGUGGAGAUUUGUAAAUGCCCUGAAAUGAAGACGUUUGUCCAACAGGGAUCUGUCAGUACACCGAGUCUCGAAAAUGUGAACAAUGAUGACAAGAUGAAAGUAAAUGACCUAAAUGAAUGGAUACAUCAGAGGUUCAUUUCUAAGGUUUGUCUUGUAGCGCUAACUGGCUGUAUAACUAAUCAACUCCACUGCUAUCUUUCCAUCUUAACUUAA